AUGAAUUUCCGCAACCUUUUCUUGUCCCUCUUCCUGGUCAUUGCCGUUGGCAUCGCCCUGGUUCAGGCUGAGGAGGCCAAGCCCCGUGGUCCCAAAAUCACCACCAAGGUCUACUUCGAUAUCCAGCAUGGCGACGAGCCUCUCGGUCGCAUUGUGAUGGGUCUGUACGGCAAGACCGUCCCUGAGACUGCGGAGAACUUCCGUGCUCUGGCCACCGGCGAGAAGGGCUUCGGCUUCCAGGACUCGACUUUCCACCGUGUUAUCAAGGACUUCAUGAUCCAGGGUGGUGAUUUCACCAAGGGCGAUGGCACCGGUGGCAAGUCCAUCUACGGCAACAAGUUCGCCGAUGAGAACUUCAAGAUCCGCCACACCCGUAAGGGUCAACUGAGCAUGGCCAACGCCGGCAAGGACACCAACGGUUCCCAGUUCUUCAUUACCACCGCUAUCACCUCGUGGCUCGAUGGUAAGCACGUCGUGUUUGGCGAGGUCCUCGAGGGCUACGAUAUCGUCGACAAGAUCCAGAACGUUCCCAAGGCCCGCGGCGACAAGCCCAUCGACGCUGUCAAGAUCGUGAAGAGUGGCGAGCUCGAGAUGGAUAAGGAAUCCGAGGACAAAGGUAGCCGCGACGAGCUACGGUGGCUGACGAUGCAUCUCCAAGAAUACGACGACGACGACGAGCCCCAAGUCAACACAGAAGUUCCCGUUGAGGAGACCGAUGCGUCCUCAUACUCGAUGCGCCCGCUAUGGUUCCUGCUGGCGAUUGUUAUCGUGGUGGGAAUCUACCUUGUUCGCCGUAACAACCAGCAGCGUGAAAUGAAGGAGUUUGAAGCUUAG